CUCCAGCCAGGCCGGUGACUCCUUAAAGUCAGUCCGCCGUAAGCUCAGCAGAAACUCUGUGGCGUAGGACUGGUUAUGCUGCCGUUCCUCUUCUUCAAGGCUGAAUGCACGCCAGUACAAGUUCGCGACGAGGAACGCGAUAAACUUGACAUUCUGAAACGGCUUAAGAUUGAGUUUGUACUCCUCUAUUGCCAGGUCGCGGAAGGAAACUGGGGAUGGAGCUGCUCGGUGAUGGAUCUCUGGACCAUAGAUGAUUCUGAAAGCGAUUUGGGCCACAUCUCUCAUGCUAGUGGACACCCUCUCAACACGGCAUAGUGACUUGGCAUCCAGA